GCUCGCGGGAAGAGAGGGUAUCAUGGCCGGCUCCAGCUGCGUCGUAGCAACAUGUCCAACAUCGAGAGGGCUCGAACGAGGACCCUACGAAUGACCUUCAUCAUCGUCAUGGCCUUCGUCUGGUGUUGGACGCCCUACGCCCUCGCCACUCUCUGGAACUUCAUCGACCCCAAGACCUUCUACAGCAUGAACAAGCACGCCCAGGACUUCCUCUUCAUCAUCGCCGUCAGCAACUCCGUCGUCAAUCCCAUCAUCUACGGCCGCUACUCCAUCAGCUGCUGCCGCGACCUCUGGAACCGCUCGGGGGAGUUCUGCUGCUACUGCUGCUGGUGCUGGUGCUGUUGUACGGCGCACCACGCCCACAUGGCUGCUCUUCCCGCCCCUAACGUCAAUUCUUACAAGAGCAACGGACAUUGUCAAGCUGCCUCGGCCCACACCCGCAGCACCACCUAUAACAACUCUACAAGGGACAGGAGAGUCGUCGGGGUCAUACUACAGGUAAAAGUGAGGUCCUUACUGAUGGAGUGGAACCGCGCCUCACAGAAGUCGCUGGCGCAGGAGGGAGAGAUGGUGUCUAUGGUGCCCCUCAGUGUCCCCAUCAGCCAGCACCAGAAGCACACCACGCCCACGCCCUCACCCAUAGUCUCCCGCAUCUUCACCCGCCGCCCGCCGAUGGAUACCCACGAAGAGGAGAACGACGAAUCGUCCGGGUACAGCUCCAGCCAUGCCCACUCCUUCAGGAGUUUUCAUGAUCUCACGAACUCCGAGCGACCCCAUAAGGACCCCGUGUGGGAGAAUCACCACUCGUGCUAGUGGUCUCGAGACCUCAGGUGAACCACUGGGACCACCAUUACCUCAGGGGGCCCCUCUGGGACCACCAUUACGUCAGGUGGUUCCAUUGAUACUACUGCAGGAAAUGUCACAUUUGCUCCGUGAGCGAACGUGUUGAUUGGGCCCCUUUGGAAGUUUCCAAAGCCACACUAGCGUUCAUUUUCUUCAUGAGGUCUCAAGGCCGCUGCUAGAAACACCAUGACCUCGCCUCUGGUAACUGCCACUUGAAGCCUAUGAAGCCUUUGUGACUACAGACUAGUUAUCAGGCAAUAGCUCCUCCCACUGCCACCCUCUCGGCGACAGUCUACUCCUUCGGCUAUCAUUGCAACAGCAUUCCCGUUCUGGAGUCUCAGUAGUGUAUCGACAGGUGUCUUCAGGUCUGGUCCUGAUAUCUGAGUACACAUACUGAAUACACAUACCGGAAUACACCCCGACGAGCAGACACAUGAGGAAACUCAGUUUUGCUCAAUGCAAUCACAUUAACUUGAUGUAUCAAUGAUAAAAUCAGUACAGGGCGAUUGUUUAUGAGUACCAAGUGAACGGGGCUCGAAUCCUCCUCAUGGCUCCUACUGAAAAGACUCAGUUUCACUAGUUGCUCAUCACCGGCUGGUUUUGAAUCCGUCUUCCAGUUUCCAGGACACUAGUAGCAGCCUCGUCCAGGUUCUCCACAUCGAAAUGCCAACGACUGGAAGAGGCUCUCAUCAGCGCAGCAGGAGAGCCUCGAACUAGCUUGGUCCCAUGCUGAGAUGAUUUUAAAGCUCCAUAUCCUGAAGAGUUGGUUCUCUCGACAGGAAAAUGAUUUAAUACAGCCGCCCACGGCAGCUGCCCAACCUGGUUACCCCCAUCGAUAGCAGGUCCGAGGUUUUUGGUUCAGUUUCCCCUUCAAGCGAGUUCGAGACGAGAGUUGUGUUGAGAUGAACAGACACUGAAGCAAAGUCUUGAGUUGACUCUGAAUACGUGCUUCACAGUGUGUUGUAUAUCACAGUAUUUUACACCUGCUUAUUCAGCCCGCUGUGUCCCUGGGUAGGGUAGACUGUAACGUAUAUUUAGAGCACAACUUACCGCUCUGUCAUAGUUAAUAAAGGAACGGGUCAACCAGCGAGACGAGUCUUCGCUUCGGACUGGUGCUUUGGAAGUGAGGAUUGACAGGUCCGUCACCUCACGGCUCUAAGGCUGCUACAGGUAGCAGUUUCCUGUGUGGGGUUUCCCUUUGAAGCCCUCAUGAACCUCGCCUCUAGGUUCUACUCCCGUCUGUGAACCCCAGGUGAGAAAAUUCACUGAACUUUAUCCCUAAAUAGUGACCUUUAUCCCUAAAUGACCUUCAAGGCGGUGAACCUUAUGACUUACAACUCUGAAACUGAACACCUGUAUCACGGAAUUUGACGACUAUGUUCAUAAGAAAUUGAUAUGUGAUAGUGAACAUUUAAUGACCGGGGCCGAAUAGUGUAUGCAAUGGCAACGAACAUCCCUUCAUUUAAUUUAUGUAAUUGCAAAUGCCUUUUUAUUUAUCAGUGUUGCUAUAAAACGAAUCAAUGACCCAAGACCAUCUUCAUGAACCUUCAGUCAAUACUCUAGAUGAUCUUAAAUUAACCUAACCUAACCUAACCUAACCUAACCUAACCUAACCUAACCUAACCUAACCUAACCUUCAGUCAAUACUCUAGAUGAUCUUAAAUUAACCUAACCUAACAUAGACCUAAUAUUAAACAAACAUGUAAUGUAAUAUAAUACAUAUAUUUAUUUGAAAAUUUUGCCUUUUUUUUUUAAGUACAUCGAACUCCAGACUUUUCACAGUAUGUCUUUACUGCUCAGUGGUGAAAGGGAGGCUUUGGUUACUGCGAAUCCUGGUUCGAGUCUCACCACUAUCUUUGGCAAGUGUACCUAUUACUAUCUUAAACUAAGGGUACAAGUGUAUGAAAUUGAGAUGAGAUGAGUUUCAGACACAGGUGUCUGAAACUAGGACACAGGUGUCUAAUACUAAAACAUAUGUGUCUGAAACUAUGGUAAAAGUGUCUGAAACUGGACAGGUGUCUCAUACUGAAUCAUGUGUCUGAAACUAUGGUAAAAGUGUCUGAAACUAUGGUAAAAGUGUCUGAAACUAGGACACAGGUGUCUAAUACUAAAACAUAUGUGUCUGAAACUAUGGUACAAGUGUCUGAAAGUAUGGUAAAAGUGUCUGAAACUAGGACACAGGUGUCUAAUACUAAAACAUAUGUGUCUGAAACUAUGGUACAAGUGUCUGAAAGUAUGGUACAAGUGUCUGAAAUUAUAACACAGGUUUCUGAAACUAGGGCACAGGAAUCUUAAACUGAAUGGCAGGUGCCUGAAAAUGAAGCACAUUUAUCUGGGACCAAAGUACAGGUUUCUGAAACUGAAGCAGAGGUGUCUGAAACUUAAACACAUAUGUGUAAUUUAUUUAGAUUGACAGUUUUCGGCCAAUACGCCAUAGAUAUCUGAAACCACGACGCAUAAAUUCGAAACUACAGCCCUGAAAUGAUACCACAGAUAUCUGAAACUGUCUCAGAGAUAUCUGAAAAAUGUGCCACAGGUGUCUGAAACAACGAAAAAGUACUCUUAAACAGCGAAACAACCGUUAGAAACUUACACACAAAUGCCUGAAACUUAUACAAAAAUACCUCAAACUACAACACAGAUAUCUGAAACUUCAACACGGAUGUCUGAAACUUCAACACGGAUGUCUGAAACUUCAACACGGAUGUCUGAAACUACAACACGGAUGUCUGAAACUACAACACAAUUGUCUGAAACUACAACACAAAUGCCUGAAACUACAACACAAAUGCCUGAAACUACAACACAAAUGUCUGAAACUAUGGCACAGUUUUCUGAAAAUAUGGCAAAAAAUAUCAGAAACUACAGUACUGAUAGAAAGAGAAACCUUGCCAUAAAGGCCCGAAACAGAACAAUGUAGACAGGACCAACUCUACCAAUCAUCGUAGUUGAUCAACGAUGUAGAUCAACUACAUAACGAGACAGUAUUUAGAUAACGAGACAGCAUCAAAAGAUAACGAAGCAGCUUCAAGAAGUAACUAUUAAACAAACGGUUGAACGUGGGAGAGUUAUAAUGAAAGAAAUAUGCAAGAUAAAAAUAGAUCCCCAAAAGAGGAUUAUCCUAUAUGUAAGUCACACUUAAAGUGACUAUAUAGGAGCACAUACUGACAGGACGGACAAGCAAAUCAGGCAGUUCUAUGUGCUGGUUGAUGGUUAAUGUAAAUAUGAUGUCCAAAUCAUCCCAAAUGCUCAAUUUUGUGUCCUCUUCGUCCAGUGAGAUAUAUAUAUCUCAUACAUAUAUACACACACAUCCAGCUUGAAUAUAUUUCAUGUAUAUGAAAUAUAUGUAUAUUUGCAAGUGAACAAUAGGGUGUCAACAAUGAUUCUAGCGAGAAAUUUCUCUAUUGUCAUAAGAUUAUCAGCAUACGACAUACUGAAUCAGCCAUCAUUGCAAACAGGAAUUGGACAAGAUGCAAAUGGAUCUAUAAGGGAGGUGCUUCACCCUCACCUCAUCCUUGGCUAUAUAUCAUGCAGCAAGACAAUUUGUAAUAUUACGGGCUAUUCAUGCCCGUGCCACCUCUUGGGUGGCUUAAUCUUCAUCAAUCAAUCAAUUUCCCAAUUUCCUACUCUGCCACUGACAAUGUUAACAAGAAUCAGCGAAACCCAUCGCCAGGCCAAAUACAAUUGUGCAAAUGAAAUUGGGUGAGUAAAUUUUUCAACUUCAAGUGAAGACAAAUGUAAGGGAAAUAGAGAAGAUUCGCGCUAGAAUCAUUGAAUCUCACACUUUUGUCACGGGUAUAUGUCUGUAUGUAUAUAUUUG